UUACUCUCCGUUUAUCUUUACAUUCCCAAUAUUAUUGGAUAUUUAAGAAUUCUGUUGAAUUGCAAUGCUUUUGCCAUAUGCUUUUCCAGCAAAAGACUUUUUUCUGCUCUCUAUUUUCUAAGCUUUGUUUGUGAUGCUGUGGAUGGUUGGUGUGCUCGCAAAUUCAACCAAGCUUCGACAUUUGGAGCUGUUCUGGACAUGGUAACAGACAGGAUUAGCACUGCUUGUCUACUGGUUAUACUUUCUCAAGUGUAUAGGCCUAGCUUGGUUUUCUCGUCUCUGCUAGCCAUGGAUAUUGCUAGCCACUGGCUGCAGAUUUACAGGUAG